AUGGGUGCUCUGAAGAACAUUGCAUACUAUGCAUUCCACCCGGUCGAGCUCCGGGCAAUUAUCCAGUGGAAGAUAUGGCACGAGCCUGUUCACACACGCGACCCUAGCAAAGAGCGCCCGACAGAAACGUCAUGCUUCAAGUACCUCGACAUGACGUCCCGCAGCUUCGCGGCCGUCAUCAAGGAGCUGAACCCGGAGCUCCUCAUGCCAGUUUGCAUCUUUUACCUCGCCCUGCGUGGCCUUGACACCAUCGAAGACGACAUGACCAUCCCGAACGACAAGAAGAUCCCGCUGCUUCGCAACUUUGCCGACUUAAUGGACCAGGAUGGCUGGACCUUCAACGAGAACGGCCCCAACGAGAAGGAUCGCGACCUUCUGGUGCACUUUGACGAAGUCAUCACAGAGCUCAAGCUUGUCAAGAAGCCGUACUACGAUAUCAUCCGCGACAUCACGGUUAAGAUGGGCAACGGCAUGGCCGACUACGUCCUCAAGACGGAGAACACAACCAACUGCAUCAACACACUCGAAGAGUACGAAAUGUACUGCCACUAUGUCGCCGGCCUGGUCGGUGAGGGUCUCACCCGGCUGUUCGUCGUUGCCGAGCUGGCCAACCCCAAGCUGCUCGACCGAAUGAACCUUUCCGAGUCCAUGGGGCGGUUCCUGCAAAAGACAAACAUCAUCCGAGAUGUGCACGAGGAUUACGUCGACAAGCGCAGCUGGUGGCCCCGCUCGGUCUGGAGCAAGUAUGCCAAGGAGUACGACGAUCUCUUCAAGCCCGAGAACCGACAGCAGGCGGUCUACUGCUGCUCUGAGCUGGUCUUGAACGCCCUCAUGAACGUCGAGGACUGUUUGUAUUACAUGGCCGGCAUGCGCGAGCAGUCCGUGUUCAACUUUGUGGCCAUCCCGCAGACCAUGGCCAUUGCGACUUUGGAGCUCGUGUUCCAGAACCCCAAGAUAUUCGAGCGCAAUGUCAAGAUCACCAAGGGCGAUGCCUGCCGAAUCAUGCUGAGGUCAACACAGAACCUCAGGCUGGUUACGGAUCUCUUCAAGGAGUAUACCCGAAAGAUACAUCAGAAGAACGAUCCCCGCGAUCCAAACUACGCUGCUAUUAGCGCACAAUGUGGAAAGAUCGAGCAAUUCAUCGAGACGAUAUUCCCUACGCAAGAUCCCAAGGUCCUCGAGAUGGCACAGAAGGACGUCAAGAUGUCGGAGAAGCCAGGCAUGGACACGUCGGAGGCUGUGGUACUUAUCCUAGCUGUGCUCGCCAUGUUUGUGUUUUUGGGGGGUUUGAUGAUUGGUCUUGCGUGGCUCAUGGGUGCCCAGUUCAACAACUUCUUCAGCAAUAUCGAUGCCGGCGUCAAGUCGUCGCCACUACCAUCAGGUCACCAGGAGCUCUGA